AUGCCGCGCCCCAAGAAACCCGACCAGGAUGGCAAGGAGGUCAAGAAACGCUCGAGGAAUGGAUGCUGCGGAGAGGAGAAACCCAGUUGUGCCAAUUGCCAGCGACAGGGUGAAUCCUGCGACUACAGUAUACGCCUCAACUGGGACGGACGGACCAAAAGAAAGGAAGAUGGCAAGCCCGGUUCUCAGAUCAUUUCCUUUGGAGCCUCUCCACCUCGACCUUCGCUGCACCCACAGCCGCCAGGUCCUUCACCAUCUCACCUUCACCUUCAGCCAUCUCCCGAUUACCAUCCCGAACACACAGCCUCCGAACCGACGGUCCCUUCACUUAAUACCUUUGGAUCUCAUGGCCCGGUGCCUGCGCCUGAGUUCAAUCCUCCCAUACUGCCGCCACCACCACCUAUAUUGAGGACUCCGCAAUGGGGUGAGAGCGCCAGUGCAAGUAAUCUCUCAGAAUCAACCUCGGUCCCAUCCUUGAGACAUACCUUAUCUCUCCCUUCCUAUCCAUCUCCCUCAGAGUCAGGCUUCGGAAGUCCCAAUCUCAACACUGGCAUGUACGCUUUCAAUGGCGCUAUCCAUAUGCCUCCACCAAUGCCCACCUCGAACCCGAUGAGCUACCCAGAAUCUGUCUCAUCUCCCUACAAUGGCGCGAAGAGAAUGCGAUUGAGUCCUCGUACGGAUAGCUUUGGCAGAACACAACCCUAUCCGAGAGCUGGAUCAUAUGGACCCAACGACAUGGACGAGCCCCCGAGGGUUCAAUUUAAUCCAAACACUCACAGUUUUUUCCCUUCGCAUCUUAGUAACCCAUUGACACCCGCCACAUCAUCCACCUCGCAUGUCUCUCAAGACAACGAAGAUCGUCGCAUCUCGGUCAGUUCACUCUUAUCCGAAGAUCCCGAAUCCGACGAAGUGCCACCCCUUCAGAAUGAUCCAGGUGUCUACACAGAAGAAGAGAUUCCCCGGCGGGGUUCGCUCCAUCAAAGGAUGAUCUCCUACACGGCGACUGAAACAUAUGGCCAAGACCGGGGUAAUGUUGACCUUGACAUUCCGCGAAAUAAUGACACUAUGGCGAUUUCUGGCAUGUCUCCCUCGGAACAUAGUGACUUUGAAGCCUGGUUAAAUGACACCGACCUUGGAGUACCCGAGUUUGGUUUUGGUCUCAGUAGCCGUGAGACCGUCUUCCAGAAAGGAGGGUAUUACGCCUCACCAGUGCAGAUCAAAAUUCCUCGGAAAUUGGAACCUCUCCCACGAACUCUGUCAGAGAACCCGAUGAAUUUAUUAUAUUUCCAUCAUUUCUUGAACCAUACUGCAAGGAUCCUCGUACCUCACGACUGCCCAGAGAAUCCUUUUAAGACCAUUUUGCCCAAGAUGGCUGUUGAGAAUCCCAAUCUCCUAAACUUGCUUUUGGCAUAUUCCGCCUGUCAUCGAGCAAGAUUAUUGAAUCACCGCGAACCCGUCAACCGGAUUGCAGUAUGGGUUCGCGAUGUGUUUCCAUCCUUACGGCAGACACUGGACAAUGUUUCGAAUACACAGAUCUCGAAUGCCAAUUUGGCUACUGCGAUCAUGCUCGCAUCCAUCGAAAUAAUAUCUCCGUCUAGUUUUGGGGUUUCGAUACCUUGGCAGAACCAUUUGAGUAUUGCGCGAAGCAUUAUUCGGAGCCGAGGAGGCCCUAACUCGAUCUCAAGGAAAGACCCUGUCAUGUACUUCUUGACAAGGUGGCUGGCAUAUCUCGAUGUGCUCGGAUCUUUGUCAGGUCGGCGCAACGAGGAACCGUUAUUCGCCGGGAACUACUGGUCAAGCUCGUCAGACGAAAACACAUCCGCGAAGGAACUGUCACUGACGGAUGAAGAUGUUGAUGAUGAAGAUGAUUUCACCAUUGACUGCUUAUUGGGCUUCACCACAAGAUGUGUCUCCAUUCUUGCCCAAGUCGCCGUUUUGGCGCGGGAAUGCGAAGCCGGUCGCAUAGACGCAGAAACAGGGCAGGUUCAUGAGGAUUGGCGACCGUCACCCAUGAUUGCGAAACGUGCUGAAAAGCUUCGCAAAGAUUUGGAGCAUGCACGAAACCACGAACAAAUAUCGUGUCUCCAUCACAGCCCGCAAUUGUCCAAGGCGUCAUUAGCUGGGGCUCGUCGUGGUUCAGCAUAUGCAGACAUGUCAGAAAAGGAUGCCGAAGAGUCACUCGCCACCAAUUCGGCUUUCCAUUGGGCAGGAAUGGUACACCUGUUGCGUCGAGUGGACAAUCUACCACGCAGCGACAGCAGAGUGCAAACUGCAGUGCAUGAAAUUGUGAAAAUAUUGCAAAUCAUUCGUGAAGGUGGAAGUGCGGACGCUUGUCUAUUGUUUCCGAUGUUCACUGCUGGGGUAGAGGCAGAAGAUCCUCUCGACCGGGCUGAAGUCCUGAGCAGGAUCAAAGGCGCUGAAGGGCUCGGUAUGUGCCAAGUCAGUCGAGCCAGGAGAAUCAUGGAAGAAGUUUGGAGAACGGGCGUCAGCUGGGAAAGCUUGGUGACGGGAGAAUUCUUUGGUUGA